AUGGGUCUAUUCGUCCCGCAAUCCAGCCUUCCUCAUUUGAAGGAAUACGAGUAUCAAAGUGAGGAUCAUUCAUUGGUCUCACGUUAUAUUUUGAAACCUUAUUGGCAGCAAUUUGUUAAAUUUUUUCCACUAUGGAUGGCCCCUAAUAUGGUGACCCUACUAGGGUUUGGUUUUAUGGUCUUUAGUUUGUGCAUUGUCCUCCUUUGGAAUCCGAGUCUCGAAGAAGAUACACCAAGAUGGACCUAUUUUACCUACGCGAUUUGUUUAUUUUUAUAUCAAACUUUUGAUGCAUGUGACGGAGCACAUGCACGUAGGACUGGACAAUCCGGGCCUUUAGGAGAAUUAUUUGACCAUUGUAUUGAUUCGGUAAACACGACUCUUUCAGUGUUUAUUUAUUCCUCAACUAUAAAGUGUGGCUAUAAAUUCAUUACGGUCCUUAUCCAAUUUGUACUAUUGACAAACUUCUAUUUGAGUACUUGGGAAGAGUACCACACUCACAAAUUGUAUUUGAGUCAAUUCAACGGGCCUGUGGAAGGAAUUCUUGUGAUUUGUGCGUUUUAUAUUGCCACUGGAAUUUUGGGUCCUGCUGUUUGGCACACCAAACUUAUACAUUUCAAUCUAUUCGGCAAAGAAGGUAUCGAUGGAAUUGAUGUUGCGAAUGGUAUAAGUUUCUUGGCAUUGAUAUUCAAUAUUGAUUCUGCAUGGAGAAACGUGCUGAAUUACUACCAUGAGAAGUACGGAACGUCUCCAGUCGGUAAUAAACAUAUUAAAAGCGCUCUCUAUGGAUUGGUACCCUUUUUCGGCUUCUUCGCUUCAGUAUUUGCGGUUUCGGUGCUUGAGCCAUCAUUUAUUUCGUUUCCAUUUAUCUUAACUAAUGGGUUAGCCAUGGCGUUCAUGGUAGGCAGGAUUAUUGUUGCUCAUUUGACGAAGCAGGAAUUUCCUACGAAAAAUGCUCCAUUAUUCAUCCCUUCUGCCUUGUUGCUAUUGAAGUACUUAGUUGCAGACAUAUUGGGUCAUAACUCAGAAAAGACGAUUUGGGCACUACAGUGGUUUGGUUUUGGAUUAGCCGCUGGUAUUCACGCCAUGUUCGUCACUGAGGUGAUCUACGAAUUUACAACCUACUUGGAUAUCUAUGCGUUGACCAUCAAGCACCGCAAGAAAGCUUAG